AUGCGCCUCAACGUUAGUCGUGUCGUCCCAUUUCGGAAGUGCUUUCAAAAGGACUUGCGCGAUGACUCACAGGAUCGCGUAGCUUGCUUGAUAACUGAUGAUGUUUGGCAUUUUUCUCAAGCAGUCGGGGACGAGCUUAAGAUCCCGAGGAUCAUGUUGAGGUGUACUGCCUCUUUGAGCAGCCUGCUGGCACAAUAUGCUAGCUCGAUCUCUCGGCUGAACAAGCAAAGGCCCAAGUCAGUCAUCUAUGUGAGCCUGGGAAGCAUUGCAUCCAUUGAUGAGGCCAAGUUCCUAGAAAUAGCAUGGGGGCUAGCAAAUAGUGAGCAGCCCUUUUUGUGGGUCGUCAGGCCUGGAUCAAUUUGUGGAUCAGACUGGUUCGAACAUUUGCCAAGCACGUUCCUAGAGAUGAUAAAUGGAAGGGAUCAUAUUGUGAAACGGGCACCACAGCAAGAAGUGCUGGCUCAUUGGGCCAUCGGCGGAUUUUGGACUCAUUUUGGUUGGAACUCGACGUUGGAAAGCAUUUGUGAAGGUGUGCCGAUAAUUUAUAUGCCAUCCUUUGGGGAUCAAAAAGUGAACAGAAGAUAUGUGAGGAACUUUUGGAGGGUCGGGUUGCAAUUGGAGUAUAAGCUGGAAAGUGGUGAGACAGAGCGUGCCAUUAUAAAAUUACUGGCGGAUCCAGAAGGCGAAGAUAUUAGAGACAGAGCAGUGCGUUUGUAG